UGAUAGUGUUGUAAAUGGAUGUAAUCUAAAUAUUCGUGAAAUUAUCAAAAUAAAUGGCUCUCGGUCGUCUUAAGUUUAUCAUUUAUACGUUAAUAGUUGUCAAAGGAGAGGUAUCGGUGUUGUUUAAUCAGAUUUUAGAUAUUAAUAAAAAAAUGAACGCCAAAAAUUUGCAAACAUGUCUUAACUCUCGAGCCAUCACAUUGGCGUCCGCACCGAAGCGUGACGCCCUUAUGGAAUGAAAACAGAUUUUGUGAAAGGAAUAUUGCAACUUCUCGGACCUUUUCGUCGGUGAUAAUAGCCGAUCAUUCCGAUCGAUUUGUAUUAGUUCACUAGCUGUGUUGAAUUCGUUCGCGACGGUUAUUAUUUGUUGGAAUAGAGUACAGAGGAAAGUAUGUUGAUUUCCUCUUAAAUGUUAAGCUAGAAAAUUGACGCUGGAUCUUUAUACGUGUAAAUAUUGGUUUUAUUGUAUGUAUUUCUACAAUUUGAUAGACAAUGUUCAUGCUUUAAACAUGGUGUACAUAUUUUACGGAUUUAUCGACAUAUUUGUACCCGCGAUAAACGAAUUGAGGACUACUUUGUUAUAAUUAAACACAGUUUUGUGAUUUCUGCAGACAGGGCUUACACUGCGACACGAAUAUGAAUAGAACUGAUAUGUUAUCUAUUUGAUGAAUAGUAUUCAAGUGUACAGAUCUUACAAAACCGAAGUUUGAUUGCAUUAUUUCAGAUAUAUACAAAUGGAGAGCGUUAAAUUAGGAGAUAAAAAGCUAAGUUUUAUGUGUUUAUGUUUCUGUCUGUGUAUAUUUGGCUGCUCCGGUCAGGUUCUUCAGGUUGCAGGAUUUGUGGUCAAUGCUUUAAAUACCGGUUUAAAACUCCUUAAACUUUUCAAUGGCAGUGACGGACCACAUCGUAUGGAUAACAGUGACAUCGUUAAAAAACUACAAGAACGUAUAAGCGCUUCGACUGAAACAUUUAAAACCAGUCUUGGACUUUCUGCAAAACUUGGCCUCAUUGACGAUACCGUUAUAGAUAUACACAGCUCAUUGGCUGAUAUAAUAAAUAUUUUAGAGGCGAAGACCCCAACAGAAAGAGAUGAAUAUUCAAAGUUAUUUGUCAAACGCUUUGAAGACAAUGAUUUGAUAAAAUAUAUUCGAUUUCUACCAGAGCUUCUUACAUAUUCCAUUCCAGGUGCCCAAAGCAAACUUAUCGAUUUGCUAGCAGAUAAUACGCGAUGUAAUAUGACGGCGCUGGACGCGUUCCGGAAGUUUUAUGUCAACCUCUUGUCAGAAGGAAUAUCAAUUCAUCUGCUAUAUUUACACCUAAGCACGAAACUUCCACUGAAUAAGACAAUAGCAAAAUGGGACGCAUCGCUUGAAGGAAUAGCAACUAUUUUCGAUCGUAAACAGGCUUCUUGUAUGAUGAAAUUUCCUGUAUUAGCGCAAGAGGAUGUGAAUAAUGCUGUCGACACCGUUACACUUUGGUCGGACAAUAAACAAAGAUACCCUUGGAAGACCUCUGACGUCAUGUUUUUGAAACCAUAUGGCACUUUCCAGUUUUUGUAUCACAAAUCUAGAGAAAAUCAUCUCUUUUGGCAAAAAACAUCAACAAGGAAUAAAAUAGCUGUAUUCAAUGAUAUAAACGAAACACUGAUUUUACCUGAAGUAUUUGUUAAUGUUUCAGAAACAAUAAAGUCAUCUAUAGAAGGAGAAUGGGAUGAUAACGCUGCCCAGCAUGUUGGGCUUGCUGUUGAAAAGCUCCUGAAUGAUCAAGGUUUGACCAUAAAUGCCAUAGUCGUUUUCUUUGACGGAGGAGAUUUUUCAUCCGAAAAGAUCAAAAUCGAUGAAAAAACGCCAGGCAUCCAGUUGGUAAUAGAAGAUGUAAAACUCAGUCACUGUUAUAAAGACGUCGUUAGCUGUAGUUGGUUUAAAGACACAAAAACUGUUGCCGGAAAAAUGAAAGUAUUUGCAUACAUAGCAAGGCAGACUACAGACAACCCAACAUACAAAACAGGAUCUAGUAUCAGAAACAACCCCUUAUCAGUAGCCGUUUACUUGUUGUUGGUUAUUUUAUUUCGUAUAGUUUUGUAAACUCUUGUGAAAAAAUCGUGUAUGUUGCUUUGAAACGCAGAACCCUUAGAAUGUAAACCUGUAAUAACUUUGCUUUGACAUCGCAAAAGUGCAAAACCAUUAUAAAUCAAAGCACUGAAAGUGCUGUAUGCUGUAAGCCCGAGAAUUGUAAAGCAUAGGUAGACAGACUAUUCGCCCUUACUAGUUCCUUUCUUGACAUUCCUAUAGCAUGUCGUCUGCUAGUUCAGAAACUGUUUAUCGGUUAUUCAAAUGCCAUGAGAAAUUCAGUACAAUUCAAAUGCUAUGAGGAAUUCAGUGCCAUUCAAGUUCCAAAUGGAAUUCAGGGUGCUUCAUAUUCCAUGAGAAAUUAAGUACAAUUCAAAUUCCAUGUGGGAUUCAAUAUGCUUCAUAUUCCGUGUGAAAUUCAGUGCAAUUCAGAGUCCAUGUAUUAUUCAGUGUAAAUCAAAUUCCAUGUAAAUUCAACACAAUUUCAAUCCAUGUACAAUUCUGUAAUUUAAUAUCAAAUUUGUAUUUAUACCAUGAAAAAUUUAGUAUGUUGCAAAUCAAUCCAUCUCUGAAUACUGCACAAGGUAUAUCUGGAACAUCAUGGAUAAUGAAAAAGUUCACCAUCCCUCAAACUCUCUAGCAAAGAUUUGUUUCUGUACAGUACGUUUGAAGCGAUUUUAUAUUAUUUCACCGAUAGUUUUGGAAGCUCUUUCUCUUUAAGAAAGUAAACUAGGUUUCAUUCUGUUUUAAACAAUACAUUGCCGCUUAUAGCCUAAAUGUUCCCUUUUAUUGAAAAAUUGCAAAACAAAUCACAUUUAAUUGAAAUAAUUGGAUAAUGUUUUGUUUAUAUAGUUUAAUAUGUGACUUUAAUUUCUAGUAUAAAUUUUACGCUAAUUAUAUUUGACCUGAAUUGUAGAUAUAAUUGUUAAUAUGAU